AUGAAGCGCGUAAAGUGUGUUCUUAUUGGUGAUGGGGGUGUAGGGAAGACUUCGCUUGCGACUAGGUUCGCGCUGGGCGAGUUUCCGGACUCGUACCUGCCGACUACCUUUGACUCGCACACUGCGGUGCGUCGGCUUGGCACCGGUGCGCUGGUGGAGAUCAACAUCUGGGACUGCGCUGGUCAAAAAGAGUUCGACGAAGUGCGACAAUACGUUUAUCAUCCCGGUUUGGAUGUGUUUAUUUUAUGCUUUUCCCUUGUGGACCGUCGCACGUUCGAGCACUGCGCGCAGCGAUGGCUCGCUGAGAUGCGCGACUUUGACCCAGAGGUGCCGUUCGUCUUGAUCGGAACCAAAGCGGAUCUCCGAGAUCAAUCUGUUUUGCAGGGCUCUUCGGCGAUCGCUCGCAUUGUGCUGACUGAAGAAGGUGUUCGUUUUGCACGACGAAUAGGUGCCGCUGCGUACGUGGAAGUCUCUUCUCGCACGGGAACGAACGUCGAGCGCGCAUUCCGCGCUGCCGCCAAAGCAGCGCUCUCUACGAGUCAUGAGGAAUCCUUUGGCGACAGCGAUGAGCCUUUGGCGAGUGCAAACGGCAAGUUGCAAGGUAAACGAGAGCGAAAUGAGGCUGCCGCCUCCGAUCAAGGUGGCUGUUGCGGGUGCUGCGUGCAGUGA